GAUGGCUACGAGUACGGGUAGAUUCAUUGCCGUCGUUUUAAUGAUGACCCUGAUGAUGGUUAGCAUUAUGAAUGGUUCGGAAAUUCCUUCAUCAUACUUUAAAAAUGUUCAAGGACCUCCAAGUGAAUUUGCUAAUUUUGCUGAUCCAACACCAGCCGAUGCUUCAUUGGUAUCAGAUUCUUUCAUGAUGGAAAUUGCUCUCCAACAACAAGGAGACAAGGCUUCAUGGCAAGGAAUGAUUCCAGUUGACUCUUUGGAUCAUGUUGCUAUUUCUAUUGUUGGUCCUGAUGCUAAAUACAUGAAUUUGAGAGUUGUUAAUAUUGAUGAUGUCGUUGUUAACGAAUUACAAGAAGCUAACAUUGAAAAUUAUAAUCAAGCUAUUAAAGCUAAAAAUCACGUUGUAAAUACAUGGAUGGGUUAUGAUAAGCAUAGCUCUGUUCCAGCUAAAGUUUUCAACUUUAAUAACAAUGAUCAAGUUAAGACUGGAGAUUGGAUUAUUGAAGUUAGUUUGGAUUCUCAAGCUCCACAAGCUGUUCAACAAAAGUAUCAAUCUAAGAAGGAUACAUCAAAGGCUGACUUGAUGUUGAUCAUUUAUAAUAGUAGCCCAUUGACUGCUCAUACUCAAUCUAUCAAUAUGAAUGCUGUUCUUGGUGAAAAGAUUGGUUUCAUUACUCGUGUUACUGACAAGACUGAAGCUGAAAAGAGAGAAAGAAUUGGUGUCAAGUAUGUUCCAAAGGCUAUUCCAGCCGAAAGUUUCGAACAUAUUGAAGCUGAAAUUGAUGUUCAAUAUCCUGAUGGAAAGGAAGACAUUGUUCCAAUGCACUCUACUUCUUUUGCUGGUAUUCAAGCUUUGGAACACCAAGGUGCUUUCAGUGGUGAAUUUGUUGCUACUGAAAAGGGUAUUUUCCACUUUAGAGUUGUUGUUAAGGGUGUUGUUGGUGCAGAAAUGAGAAAGACUCUCUUCAAAUCUGCCAAGUUUAUUGAUCCACAAUCACCAAAGAUUACCUUUAUGCGUACCACUCAACACAUUAUUGCUAUUGUUGAUAAGGAAGUUCAAUUGGUCAAGGAUGGUGCUCUCGCUUCCUUUACUCAAGCUGAUGAAAUGAUGACUGUCAAUUUGCAAGCUAAAAAGUUGUUGCCAUCUGCUGAACCAAAGAAGUAUAAGGCCUUUGCUGAAGUUUGGGCUGUUUCCAAGACUGAUGCUUCCAAGCUUGUCCCAGUUUGUUACACUCUUGGUAUGACUAUUUCUUCUGAUUCUCAAGAACUCGGUAAGGAUUAUGUCAGUAUUCCAUUGCAAUUCUCCAUGAAGUGGUUGUCAAAGGCUAACGCUAUGCUUCCAUUGACAUUGAAGAAUAUCAAGAUUCAAGAUGUUGACACCUCAUCUGCUAUUAGUGAAUUGGAUGAAGUCUCUUCAAUUGAAACUCACAGUCUCUUGAUUGAUACUGAAACCAAGAAGGUUAAUCACAGACUCACUGAAAAGUCCAUUGUUCACUCAUAUAUUAACGAUCUCUUGAUGGAUAAGUAUGCUUUUGAACAAGUUACUGAAACCAUGUUGAUGGGUCCAAGACCAAAGCAACUCACUCUCAAGGCUAGGGCUAGAAAUAGCAACCAUAAGGUUAUCCUUGUUCACGGUUAUUGCUCUGCUGGUGAUCCAUUCACUGCCUCUCACUUCCAAAAUGCCAUUGUUUUCAGCGAUCCAAACCAAUCUAGAAGCAAUGACAAGUUUGCUCAAAUGAUUUGGGAAGUUGCUAAGGAUUUGGAUUCAUUCGCUGUUGUUGCUCACAGUCAAGGUGGUAUGGCAGGUGUUCACUUGUACACUUUCUAUUGGUCAACUGCUGAUAAUAUUCCAACCAAUGCUAACAUUAGACUUUUGCAAUCUGUUGGUACUCCUUAUGGUGGUUGUUCUGCUGCUGGUUCCAUUGCUAACCUUGGUAAGGUCUUUGGUGCUGGAUGUGGUUCAAAUACUGAUUUGAGUCCUGAUGGUGCUUCAAAGUGGCUCAAGACUAUUCCAGAAGCCUCUCAAAAGAAGGUCUAUUAUUACACUACUCAAAAUAAGAAGGAUGGUUCCUCAUGUCACUCCAUGAUGGACUGGAUUUUGUACAAGCCAAACGAUGGUACUUCUGAAAUUAGAUAUACUUCUGCUUUGACUUCUGCUAACAAUAUGGGUUUGAAGUACGGAUGGUGUCACACUACUGACAUGAAUUAUCCACCUCAAUGUACUGAUCCAGAUCGUAAUGCUGAACUCAACAAGUAUGCUAACGGUUUUUAAGUAAAGUAUUUCUAGUUUUAAAUAAAUCUAAGUUUUUGUG